AUGAAGAUCUGCAGGUGGAAGCAGCGAAAUCUGGGGAUCAAGUGGUACCAAAGCGGGACCACAGAAGGAAAUGGGAACUACCUAUUUGAACAUCAAAGUGUGCACACAGGGGAAAAGCCAUAUAAAUGCUUGGAGUGUGGAAAGUGCUUCUCUCAAAAUAGCAACCUAAUUACACACCAAAGGGUGCACACAGGGGAGAAGCCAUAUAAAUGCUUGGACUGUGGCAAGUGCUUCUCUCGGAAUGACUCCCUAACUGCACAUCAAAGGGUUCACACAGGGGAGAAGCCAUAUAAAUGCUUGGAGUGUGGAAAGUGCUUCUCUCAGAAUCACACCCUAACUAAACAUCAAAGGGUUCACACAGGGGAGAAGCCAUAUAAAUGCUUGGACUGUGAAAAGUGCUUCUCUCAAAAUAGCAGCCUAAUUUCACAUCAAAGGGUUCACACAGGGGAGAAGCCAUAUAAAUGCUUGGAAUGUGGAAAGUGCUUCUCUCAAAAUAGCAACCUAAUUACACAUAAAAAGAUUCACACGGGGGAGAAGCCAUAUAAAUGCUUGGAAUGUGGAAAUUGCUUCUCUCAAAAUAGCAACCUAAUUUCACAUAAAAAGGUUCACACAGGAGAGAAGCCACAUAAAUGCUUGGAAUGUGGAAAAAGAUCAGCUCCAUUUAAAACUGCGAAGGGCUGUGCCAAAAUCGAAAGAGACUUUGUCAAGUUUUAUGGGCAGCGGUUCAGUGUGGCCAAUAUUUCCAGCGUGGAGGAGUGUAUCGAUUUAAUCACCAAGGAGCAGUUUUGCCAAGCCAUGAACGAUGAGCUGGAGGAAGAAUUUGGCUCUUGCUCUGCAGGAGAGAGAUCCCCAGUGUCCUCUGAGGAGGUAGCAGUGUUCUUCACAGGGGAGGAAUGGACUCUCCUGGAUUCAAGCCAAAGAAAACUCUUCUGGGAAGUAAUGAAAGAAAAUUACGAGACGGUGGCUUCUCUGGGUAAGGAUCUUUUCCCUUUUAUUCUGAGCACAGAAGAGAAGGGUGGCAUCUUCCUUUGGCCCUCUUGA